GGCAGGACAAGUGUGACGUCUCCGGGUGCGUCCGUAGUGCGCAUGCGUACUGCGGAGAAGGAAGCCGAAAUCUGAUGCAACUGGCAGUCACGGUUUGAAACAUGACAGAGGUGAUCACUGACGGUACCGCACAGCUGGGGCUGGAAGAAAUGUAUAUUUCUGAAAAAGAAGGUGACGAUGCCACUGGGGAUGGAACCAAAGAGAAACCAUUUAAAACCGUCCUGAAGGCCAUGCUGACUUUUGGAAAAGAGCCAUUUCCCACAUUCUAUGUGGACUCUCAGAAAGAAAACGAGAGGUGGGAUGUGAUUUCCAAGUCUCAGCUGAAGAACGUCAGAAAGAUAUGGAACCGGGAACAAAUGAAGAACGAGGCGAAAGAAAAGAGAGAGGCUGAAGAUAACGUGAGGCGUGAAAAAAAUUUAGACGAUGCCAAGAAAGUAAUUAUUACAAAUGACCCAAGUCUUCCUGCACCAGUGGAGGUAAAAAUUCGUGAAUUAGAAGAUUAUCGAGGUCAGAGAGUAAAAGUAUUUGGCUGGGUUCAUAGACUACGUAGACAAGGGAAAACCUUAAUGUUCAUCGUACUAAGAGAUGGGACUGGAUUUCUUCAAUGUGUCCUAAGCGAUCAGCUGUGCCAGUGUUACAACGCUCUUGUCCUCUCUACGGAAAGCACUGUUGCUGUAUAUGGCACGUUGAACUUGGUGCCAGAAGGAAAACAGGCUCCAGGGGGGCACGAGCUGGCCUGUGACUACUGGGAGCUCAUUGGUUUGGCCCCUGCUGGUGGUGCCGAUAACCUCAUCAACGAAGAGUCUGAUGUGGAUGUCCAGCUUAACAACCGCCACAUGAUGAUCAGGGGUGAGAACAUGUCUAAGAUCUUCAAGGUCCGCUCCGCUGUUAUCCACUGCUUCAGGAACCACUUUUUUGACCGUGGCUAUUAUGAGGUGACCCCACCAACUCUGGUCCAAACUCAGGUUGAAGGUGGUUCAACCUUAUUUAAACUGGACUACUUUGGAGAAGAAGCAUACUUGACCCAGUCAUCUCAACUGUACCUUGAGACUUGUAUACCAGCACUAGGGGAUGUGUUCUGUAUAGCUCAGUCCUACCGGGCUGAACAGUCAAGAACACGGCGGCAUCUGGCAGAGUACACACACAUAGAGGCAGAAUGUCCUUUCAUGACCUAUGAGGACUUGCUCAGUCGCCUUGAAGAUUUAGUAUGCGAUGUAGUAGACAGAGUGUUAAAAUCCCCUGUGGCAAGCUUGGUAUAUGAACUGCACCCGGAAUUCAAGCCCCCCAAGCGCCCGUUCAGAAGAAUGAAUUACUCUGAGGCCAUUACCUGGCUAAAAGAGCAUGAUAUAAAAAAAGAUGAUGGCACAUAUUAUGAGUUUGGAGAGGAUAUCCCAGAAGCCCCUGAGAGAUUGAUGACUGACGCCAUCAAUGAACCAAUCUUGCUUUGCCGCUUCCCGGCAGAGAUUAAGUCUUUCUACAUGCAGCGUUGCUCAGAGGACAGGCGCCUUACUGAAUCUGUAGACGUAUUAAUGCCCAAUGUUGGUGAGAUUGUUGGAGGCUCCAUGCGUAUCUGGGACAGCGAGGAGCUGUUAGAGGGUUACAAAAGAGAAGGAAUUGAUUCUACUCCUUAUUACUGGUAUACUGACCAGAGAAAAUAUGGAACCUGUCCACACGGUGGCUAUGGUUUAGGUUUGGAGCGAUUUCUAACUUGGAUCCUGAACAGGCAUCACAUCCGUGAUGUAUGUUUGUACCCACGAUUUGUCCAGCGCUGCAAACCCUAAAACAAAAUCCCACAGGCAAUCUCAUUCUCAAUGAAGUAACUGCAAAUGAUUAAACAUUGGUAGAGGUCAAUGCUUGUGCUGUUCUCAUGUUCUAUAAAAUAUUCUGAGGAAUAGUUAUGGAUCAUGUAGCUAAAAUAGCAGAUCGUAUCACAUUAUCAUUUAUAAAGUCACUGUCCUCAUUGUACAAACAGCACAGUUAUGUACAGUUUUGGUUUUCCAUUUACAAAUCCGUUUUUAAAACCUCCUACAGUUUUCAUGUGUUUAGUUUUGUUUAAUGGAAUGUAUUCCAUGUUCUCAAGCUUGUGAACACACCUCUGAAUGUUUAAUACCAUGUGCUAGAUAUAAAGUUUUCAUGAUCUGUCUGUAUAUUUAUUGCAUCAAUGCUACCCCCAUUCUGAUUUCCAUUUGCUUUAAAAAAAAACACAACUAUGUCAAUCAAAAUGUAUAAAAUUGAAAACAAGAAAACUCAUUGUAGGAGGAAACCAAACUAAAAUUGGUGUUAGACAUAAUUUCCAAACUGACUUGCUACCAACACUUUGUUUAGUUUUUCACUACAAAUGGUAAAAAAAAAAUAGGUUAGAUCGUAUUCUGUUUGUAAACAUAACCGGUAGUAAGAAGAAAAGUUAGUUACAGCCCAUUACGCCUACAACUAGAAUAUGACCUAACUUGUUAUUUUCCAAAUUACAGUCUGUAUUGUGAACGGAAGACACCAACAGCCAACCAAGUUUAGUUUUUCUUGCCAACAUAGCGCUGUUUUUGAAGCUACAUACUGUAUGUUUGUUGCUAUGACUUUGCCAUUUAAGGCAUCAUGUACACCUGUCCUAUCUGCCAUACAUCACAGUUGAUAUGUUUUAACAUUUUUAAAUCCUUAAAAGGGAACAGUAGUAUUCUAGGGAUUAAUAUAAUCUUAUUGGGACCUCAAACAACUGAAAUUCAUACAAUUACAUUUUGUAUGAGCAAUUUUUGCUCCAAAGCAUUGCAUGAUACUGAUACUGUAAUGUCAAACCCCCAAAUAAAGAAUCGUAAAAGCUA